AUGCAUAAAAAACAAUUAUUAACUGUUGGAAAUAGUGGAACAACAACUACAUAUGAACAAGUUGAGGAAUAAAUAAUCAAACGAUUAGGUUGUCCUAAUUGUCAACCACGUGGUCGUAGUUUUAAAGCUGAUCAAUUACGUGUAUAUAUUACUAGUUAUCUUGUUCAUAUACUUGAUAUAAUUCAUGGAUUACGUGGUUACUGUUUGGAGCGAAAUGUUAUUGUUCCACGUUAUGCACCUUAUAGUAAGAUAUACUCAAAUAGUUAUAUAUUUUUAUUUAUAUUUUAUCGUAUUUAUAAUACACAACUUGGUGUUGGACCAAAAGGUAUUGAUAGAUUUAUAUUAAAUAUAAUAUUUAAACCAUUUAUUACAAGUCUUAUAAUGAUGAAAGAAUAUUUAAUGAGUUCCGAAAAUGUUGCUUUAUAUGGUGAAUGUCGAGCUUUUUUAACAUGUAUUAAAGAAAACCAUGGUGGAAUAUUUCGUUUGGUGGUUUUUUCAUCAUUACUUGAUCCAGAGAAAAAACUUAAAACGUUUCAACAACAAGAAUUAAAUGCAAAAGCAAAAUCCAAAGGAGCACAUACAUUUGCUCGACAUGAUGCGACAAGUAGUAGUGGAAAAGGGGUAAAUCUAAUAAAAAGAAAAUUAUUAUU